CAUAACGAAUAUUCAAUCGAUCUCUUGUGUUUUUAUAAGUUUCUUUAUUUUAUUUCGUGUUUGACAACAUUUGUACAGCAUUAUCUAUUUUGAUAAGGAUACGUGAGACUUGUGUUUGUAGGUUUAAACAAGGAAGUUUUUAUCGACAUUACCAAGGAUAGUUUUAAAUCAAUUUCGAAACAAUCAAAUAGAUCUACCAAAAACCUCAAUAGAUGAAACAGUUAUUUGGAUGGACAGAGGAAAAAUAUAAAGAAUUAAGAUUACGAACGUUUACUCAUAAGGUUAUAAGAUCUCAUAAACAGACAACCUCAAUAUGAACGUGUAAUUCUGAAACGAACGUUAUGAAGAUAAAACUCAACAAACAAUAAUAAUGAAUGAGAUAGUGAAGGAUUCUGGAUUGAAAAAUUGGAUUAAAGCAUGUCUAGGCUUAAGGUAUGUUAGGGACGGAAUAUGUCCUUUCAUGGAAAAGAACUGCAAUGACUUGUAUUUAAGCAAUGAAACUUACACUAAACGGUUCUGUCAAUUGACUACCUUUUCGUGCGCCAACUGUUCAAUUAAGACGUUGAGACCAAGUCAUUCAGGAAAUCAAUGUCCAACAAAGGGGAAGUCUGUUAAAAUAAAAUGUGGUUGCCAAUCAUCUGCGAAUACACAAAUAUGCCUAAAUAAUGGUCUGUGUGGUGUUUUAUACGACCAAAUUCUGAACCAACAUGUUAACAAAAUGCCACGAUGGGACAAUUCGGAAUGCUCAAAAUGGUAUAAAAACGGCUGGGAACAAAUGAAAUGUUUUAUUAAUAUACCCGGAUAUAAUGGCAAAGAACACAUUUCGCAAGCAGAUAUAACUGCAUUUGUGCACAUAUGCCAAAACAACAUCAAACUGAAGAACAUGUUACGGACAGAAAUUGAUAAACUUAUACAGGUGCGAACUGACCGCAACGAGAUAUUCCAUUCCGGUGAUAUGGCUAUAACCGACGACAAAUUAAAAGAAUAUAUUUCCAACAUGCGUGAUGUGCUGCAAAUAUCGAUUUUCAACAAACUACCGGAUAUUCAAACCUUUUUGGAUAAGCUGACGAAAUUGGAAACAGACAUCAAUGAAAUAAAUACGACUCAAGAAAUGAUAGCACGAAAAGAUGCAUUAAACGCUUUAGUUGAGGCGCAUAAACUUCUACAGGAAGAAACAACGAAUUCAUCUAAGGACAAAACACAAGUAAAUCACCAAUUGGCCCUUCUCGAAGUUUUACAGGACGAUCAUAUGAAAUUCAUCACGGGUCAUUUACAGGAACUUAAGCAACACAUGCAAAGCGUAAAAGAGGAAUAUAACAGGAGCGCAAGGGUUUUGCUUCAACAUUCAAAUGAAUUGAAAACUAUCACCUCUGCCAUCUCUCAACAUACAACGUGCUUCGAAAAUCUUAAGCAGGAACUUGUGGAACAAACAACAAUUAUCCGUGGAAUCGAAACAAUUACGAUGGGUAUUGAACGAAUUGUGACCAACAGCUACCGAAUGAUCAGUGAAAUUAAACCUGAAAUACAAACAAUGCUUCUAAUAGUAGAAAAAUUGUACCAAAGUAGCCAGGACACGGCGAAUAUUCCAGGGAAAAUUAUAGCAGAAAUAAAUGGGAUAUCACACAAGGCAGACUUGACACAUCAGCUUGUACAACGUUUGCAAGACAUACUAACCAAACCAGAACUGGAGGUUUCCGAUGAGAUUGGACGGUGUCUUUCUGCUGCUAAAAGCGAGUUAGAAAAAGAGGGAGUUACUGUAAACGAUAUACAGGAUGGCAGUGUGGAGAUUUUGUUUCAAUGCUCGUCAAUACCCAAAUGGAUCAAAAUUUGCGAAAAGUGCAUCGAUGGAAGAAUUGCAAAAAUAUUUGGUCCAUUACAAGAUCGACUCAGGAGUAGACAAGGUUGUGAAAACCUUCAAAUAACAGUGGACAUGUACGAAACAGACUUCGUGGGAUCCGUGGAAGCAAUUUUAAAACAACUUCGUCCACAUUUGAUUUCAAAGUUACCACAUUUCGCCGAAAGUGAACGUUACAGCGAUCUGACGAAAAUAAAAUGGGAUGAAGUUUUGAGGCUUCUGCUAAAACAUGAACAAUCACGAGAGCCUUCUUUUCCUAUAACAGUUGCCGGUAAAGUCGAAGAUUCGUAUGCAGUCUCAGAGAAAAUAGAUGUUUUAGAUACUGAACUUAGCCGUUUAGUUUAUGAUGCGACAGAUGUGUAUGAUUCGCAUAAGGAUGAAGGUACACAGGAACUACAAUAUGCCACUGCUGACAUCAAGAGUUAUGUGCUUGAUGAUAUGGUGAAAGUCUCUGGAAAUGAUGAAGAAACAGAGGAAUUGCAAUCUGUCAUUAGUAAUUUACAGGAUGUGAUUGUUUCUGUUUCUGAUAAUGAUUACAGUACAAAGGAACUGCAAACUGCUACUUGCGAAAGUAACAGUUAUUCCCGGGAUUUUUUUGUUACAGUCACUAAUAAGGGUGAACAUACAGAGGAACUGCCAUCUGCGACCGCCGAAGUUAUGGAUUAUUUGCGGGAUGGGUCGGUCAAAGUUUCUGAUGGAGAUGACGAUACAGCGGAACUGCAAUCUGCCACCGACCAAGUCACAAGUAUUUCACGACAUGCGUCUUUUACACUUACUGAUAAUAUUGACACUGCAGUUGAAAUGCAAUCUGCUUCUUUCGAAACAACCAAUAAUUGGCACAAUGAGUCGGUUACACUAUCUGAUAAGGAUGAAGACAAAGAGGAACAUCAAACUGCUACCAACCAAAUCGCCACUAAUUCAAGGGAUGCGUCUUUAACAUUAUAUGAUACGAAUGACUAUUCAGUGGAACUGUACAAUGGGUCGGCUAAAAAUUCUGUAAAUGAUAAAGAUAAAGAGCAACUGAAAUCUUUAAUCGCCAUAAUCAACCGGAAUGUGUGGGAUUCAUCUGUUACCGUCUCUGACGAAGAUGAAGAUGCGGAGGAUUUACAAUGUUCAACCGGCGAACACAUCAGUAAUUUGCUAGUAGCAUCUCUCACAGUCUCUGAUAAGAAUGACAAUAAAGAAAAACCGGAAUCUGUCACCAAUGAAAUCAUCAGUAAAUCAAGUGAUAUAUUUGUUUCAGUAUCUUAUAAGGAUGAAGAUACAGAUGGACUUUAUUCUCCAAUUGCUCAAUUGAUCAGUAAUUCACAAAGUAUGUCGUGUAUUUUUUCUGAUACGGAAGGAGAUACAGAACUAAUGAAUUCUGCCACCGCUGACAUCCUCAAUAACUCGCGGGUUAUGCCGGUUGUAAUUUCUGAUAAGGAUGAAGAAACAAAGAAAUUACAAUCUGUAACCGCUAACAUCUCAAGUAAUCCUUUGUCCCUGUCGUUUACAUUUCCUGAUAAGAAUGAAGAUAAAGAUGAACUGCAAUCUGCAAAUGCCAAUAUUAUCGUUUCUGAUAAGGAUGAAGAUACAAAAGAACUGCAAUAUGUAACCGCGAAAUUCCUCAGUCCAUUGAGGGAUAUUCGUAUUGAUGUUCCGGUCUCAGUACAACGAUUCCAGGCGACGAGUAAUCCAAUAGGACACGAUUCCCAUGUAUCUUAUAAGAAUGAAGAUAAAGAUGGACUGCAUUCUCCAACUGCUCAAAUGAUCAGUUAUUCACAAAGUACGUCGAGUAUUUUUUCUGAUAAGGAAGAAGAUAAAGAGAAACUGCAAUCUGCCACCGCUGACAUCCUCAAUAACUCGCGGAUUAUGCCGGUUGUAAUUUCUGAUAAGGAUGAAGAAACAAAGAAACUGCAAUCUGCAACCGCUGACAUCUUAAAUAAUACGCUGUCUGUGUCGUUUACAAUUUCUGAUAAGGAUGAAGAUAAAGACGAACUGCAAUAUGUAAAUGCCAACAAUAUCGUUUCUGAUAAAGAUGCAGAUAAAGAUGGACCCCAAUAUAUAAGCGCGAAAUCCAUAAAUCCGUUGAGGGAUAUUCAUAUGGAUGUUCCGUUCUCAGUUCAACGAUUCCAGGCGACGAGUAAUCCAAUAGGACACGAUUCCCAUGUAUCUUAUAAGGAUGAAGAUACAGAUGGACUGUAUUCUCCAACUGCUCAAAUGAUCAGUUAUUCACAAAGUACGUCGAGUAUUUUUUCUGAUAAGCAAGUAUAUACGGGGAAUCUGCAAUCUGCCACCGCUGACAUCCUCAAUAUCUCGCGGAUUAUGCCGGUUGUAAUUUCUGAUAAUGAUGAAGAUAAAGAGGAACUGCAAUCUGCAAAUGCCGACAUUAUCGGCGCUGGUACAUGCGAUAAGCCGUAUUCGUUGUCAGAGAGCUUGCAGUUUUCAGAUAUAGAAACCAGCAUCCAGUCAAAAAAUGAGACCUCGCACUCAAAACGUGUCGUUGGACAAGAGGAUGUGGAGUCAUCGAUAACAGAAUUAAUAGAGCAGGUCAAUAAGCGACCUUCAAAUAAAACGUUGUUCAGUAUUUUGAAAGAGACAGAAACCCUUCGAGAACAAAAUAAUGCAGAAUUAAAUAAAUGCAAACAAGAAUUGAAGAAUAGCCAAAACAAAGACGAAGAACUAACUCGUUUGCUAACAACUAAUACAGAAACUAUCAAUCGUCUGAAUGUGGAAAUUAAGGAAAUUGAGCAGGAAAUCGAUAGAUUACUUAACGAAGCAGUUUUGUUUGAUGAACAAGCAAUUGAACUGUUUAAGAAUGCCGACAGGAAGAGCACAAUAGGGUGGGGAGCUGUUGGAUUGGGAUUGGGAUUAACUGGACUGAAUCCUUUCACUGCCGCCACUGUAGCUGGGGUAGCUACUGGUUUGGGUUCUGUUGGUGCUACGACUGCCUUGGUCUCCGCCAAUGAUGCUCGUAAGGCUGCUGAAGAGAAAAGAUCAACUGCUCAAAAAAAAUGUUCAAAGGUUGAUAGCAAACUUGAAGAAAUGCGAAAGUGUCAAACAACAAUUGAUGCUGGUGUUGCCAAUAAAAAAGCAUUGCAUAAGAAAAUUCAAACCAUCCAGGAAGAGUUGGGACACUUAGAAAAUCUACACUGCAGCCUUGAUGCCAUCGAAAUAAUAGUAGGCAGCCAGAUAAACUUCUCGACGGUAAUCAAACAACGACUUCAACGUACUUAUGAUACUAUAACAACAACCACAAACACACAGCAACAUUUAUUACUAUAUAUAAUAAUACUAUUUAUACUACUUAUUUUACUAACACUUUAAAAAUACAUAUAUUACUACCACAACUAUUACCUGUAGUUGUAUUAAAAUAACUGCAACAAAUACUAUAACAACAACAGCAAAUGAAACAACAACAAAAGCAACGACAAUUCCUUACAUCCUAAAAUGAGCCUCCGCAUAAAUCUUUGUUACAAUGACUAUCUUGUAUUAAAAAAUGACCCGACCGCCAAAUUGUUUAAAGAUUUUAUAUUUCGAUUAAAUUAUCUAACAAACGUGAUAGAAUUGUAAUACUUUUUAUGUUACAUCAUGUAGUGUUUGUCCACUUAAUGUGCUCCAAUCAAGCUCCAUAGGUCACAAUUUUGCUUUUUAUAUUGUGUGUGCACGAUUAUAUGAUUGUCCUCUUCUAAGCUAGUUUAAAUCAUGCCACUUACGUAAGCAAAUAUUAAACUGACACAUGAUAAAUAUUCUAUAUAGGAAAACUACUUUCUGCUAUCAAUCAACUGAACAGGUGAUCCAUCUAUGAUUCCGAUUAAAUUUGCAAAUCUCUUUCAUGCAUAUACGUUCCCAUUUGAUUUUUUUUCUUGCAGGAAUCAGAACAAAGGUAAGGGCGCGUGUAUUCAUUGAUCAAUAGCUCAUAUGUCUCAUGCCUUGAUUUAUCAGACAAUUUAGUGUUUUACAUUAAAGCGUAACUGAUGUUAAACUGUCAAUAGUUAAAUAAACACAAUUAUUGCAGCUUGUUUUCAAACACUUUCCGACUUAAUUUGUGUCAUAAUACGAUAUUGAAUAUAUUUGGUGCACGAUUUGCGCAGUUUGCAUGAUGAAUUCUGUGCACGUGCAUUUGGAGCUCAUUUAGGUAAAUUUGAGAAUUUUUAGUAUACCGAAAUUAAUGCGAGUUGUUGUAAUAAUUCACCUUUUAAACCUGUUUCACAAUCAAUCCAGUACACACAACAGUUAUCCGGUUUCCAAAGACUUAGUGUGUAAAUCCACUUCAAAAGAAGAUGCUGAAAAGUUGCGUUUAGUUAUUGUCCUCAAGGAUCUUGACGGAAUAAUAGAAACUUUAAAUGAGAUAAAACCCCAUGAAACAAAAGACAAGGAGGGUACACAAACAAAUACAACUCUUUCCUGGACAAAAAGAGUUAUGCACCAGUUUAAAAGCUCAAUGAACACAAAGUACCGUGAUAUUUUUCUCACAUCCGGAACUCAGGUUUCCGAACAUAUCAUGAAUUACCUGGAAUCUACCAACAAGGAAAUAACUGAAAUAACGAACAACAUCAGCAGGAAUAUGAUGAGUAGAGUUACCAACAUUAUUAGUGAGCAAACUGUCCUUAAACGAUUGCAUAAAGACGUUCAAGAACUCGAGCAGGAAAUAUCUGAACUAGAAAGCAAGAUCGAGGAACUAGAAACUAAAGAGAAAAAUUUAAACACCGAAGUAAAAUUUUUGGUAAACAAGGCUAAAGAAAAAGAUAAUGAGAUGAAAGUGAAGUGUGCGGUUGGAACAACAAGUAUCGGAAUAGCUACCGGUGCAAUUCUAGCCCCGUUUACGGGAGGAUAUAGUGUACCCCUUAUGGGUGUUGGCGGUGCAAUAGCGGGGUACAGUUUCAUCAGUGCCUAUGAUUGUCAAAAAGAAGCCAAGCAAAGAAUCGAACAAGCAGCACAAAUUCGAAAGGAUAUCGAAUCAAUCAAGUGGAAAAUGGAGAAUACAGAUACAGAAAAGGGCUUAAAAGAGAAACAGACACAGAGCGCAAACACACUGAUAGAUAACAUUAAGGCAGACCAGGACAUGCUCCAGAAACUAUUUUUAGAGCUGAAGAAAUUUGCCGAAAUAAUUAACCGAAUUCUAAUUAAUCUUAAGUAAAAGGCCAUGGAACUGAAAAAUAAAAAGAAGAACAACAGUAUCAGAAGCUCUAUUUGUUUAAAAUUUGAAUCUUAAAAAUGUACAAGAUAGGUAUUGAUGCAAAGCAUCAAAGGGCGUCGGGAAUUUCGGUGUGAAAGGCACUCAAUGAAUUGACAUGUAACGAUUUUUUUUGUACUGUAAAUAUUAAUAUAUUGGCCGAUUAUUUUAAACAAAAUAGAAAAAGAUACUGGUAUAACCAUUAUCUAUAAUUUUGUGUUAUAACCCCCAAAUAACCAUUAUUUAAGAUGUUGUGUUAUAACCCCCAAAUAACCAUUAUCUAUGAUUUUGUGUUGUAACCCCCAAAUAUUACAUAGUUCAUUGUAUUUACAUUGGUUUCCUUUUUUAAUGGCAUACGUGUGCAGUUUUCAUUAAUGGAACAGAACUGUGUAGGUUUUAAAAAAUCUGCUUCAUCUUGUAAGCGUAAUUUCAUAUUUUUCUCAACUUCAAGGGGAGAUGAUUCUAAACUUGUUGCUCAUUUACGAUAGGGGUUGAGUAGUCAUUGAUAUGAAAACACUGUAAAAGUUUGAAAAAAAUUUGAAUGAAAACUGUAAAUUGCAUAAAAAAGCUGCAUUUCACAAUACUUUGAAAUUCAGUAAAGGUCAUAAUAGAUUUAUUGCUCCGAUAUUCAUCAUUUUCAAUAGGGUUCGAGUAAUACUGAUAUAAAAACACUUAACAAGUUUGGAAAGAUUCAGACGAAAGUUGUGAAAUCUUUUAAACAAGUGGAAAUUGUUUAUCUUGUCAAAUUUAAUAGAAAAAAAUUCUGGACUUAUUGUCCCGAUGUUUCUCAUUUUAAAUGAGGUAAAAAUGCUCAUUGAUAUGAAGACACUGUAAGUUUGGAAAGAAUCUGAUGAAAAAUGUUGACAUAAUCACCUAACCAAGCAGUUUUUCACUUUUAUUUUUAAAUUCAAAGAGACAUAAUUCUGUACUUAUGGUCCGAUAUUGCUCAUAUAGAGUUUGGGUUGGGUCCUCAUUGAUAAAAAACCUGUGCAAGUUUGGGAACAAUCGGAUGAAAAUUUUGGACUUCGAACAACGAUUUCAAAAUUUCUCAAAUUCUAAGGAAGAUAACUAUAGACGUAAUGGUCGGAUAAUGCUAAAGGGCCCAUACCACCUGGAUAGUAAUACGUGUCGCGCUUCGCGCUCUAUAUGUGGUUCUUAAAAAAACAACUCCGAGGAGUGCCUGACUCUAGCGAAGCGGGUUGCUGGGACACAGCUCCUAGUUGAUAAGCGGCUGCUUCCUUUAUCGCAACUCAUUGUUACAAUCAAUAAUACGUGUCGCGCUUCGCGCUCUAUAUGUAGUAGGGAUAGUACUUAGGGCCUAUGAUAGACAACCAUAAAAAUACAUGGAUAAUAGAUGUGUUGUUUGCAUUUAUUUGUUAAUAUAAAAACACAUGUAUUUUUUAUAAGAUAUUUAAGUGAUGUCAGAAAUCUUAAUUAACGUUGUCACCACGCGGCAUCCAUUAAUUUUAAUAAAAAUGUCCAAUUGUAGUAAAAUGGAUUUUAAAAUGUCUACAUAAAAUAAAGCUUUAUUAUAUUUAUAAACCUGACUGAAUAAAAAAUUUCAGCCGCUGAACUGUUCCGUUCGUGCCGGAACCCGGAAUUGAACCGGGGGCCUUUAGAUGAUUGUUGCGUAAACAACUUUAGUCUCACGCUCUCCCAACUGAGCUAUUCCGACUGACAUCAUUUAUGUACUGCUAUUUGGUGAAGUUGUGUAUAGCGAUCGUUAUUAUAUGUCUAUUAAUAAACUAAUACAUUGUACGUUUUCGUACCACUACGCCUUCCAAUAAACUUGCUUGCGCGAUAGGUCGUCAAAUAUCGUACUACAUUGAUUCUCCACUAAAUAAGCAAAUUAGAAAAACGACAAAAUAAAUAUAUUUUGAUUAUGUUUUGCUUUUAUACAAAACCAGAAAUGUUCGCGUAUUUGCCCAGUCCCUGUGAUCUUUCCCCUGUGAUCAGUUGUGGAUUAGUUAUUAAUUAAAACAAUUAGCUUUGCAUUAUUGGCAAUAAAUGUUGUAAUAAAUGUAAUAGGCACAAAUGCAGUACUUAUUUACACUAAUUUACACAAAAAAUCACCACUAUGCAAGAUAUUUUUAAAACAAAAAUAUAUACAUUGAUCCGUAAAAUAACUUCUCCUCCCAUAAGCGAACAAAAUGGAUUACAUACUAGUCGCCGCUCUUCAGAGCGACGCCAAUAAAUUGCCAUUUAUAUAUCAUUUGUAUGUAUUUGUUACUAAAUAUAUUUGCAUGCAAGAUAUACUCUAAAGAAGAAAAUAUUUUGCGUAUUAAUGUGCGUUUUAUAUUGUUCACAUAACUGGUAUUGUAUAUUUUAUAUUUGUUGCAGUUUUCAUUGCAUGUGAACCUUGGAAGAUUAGACUAAUCAUAUUCCAGUCGAUAUAUUCACUUUAAAUACCAACAUGACCACUACGUCUUACAUGUUAUACAGUGUUUAAUGUAUCAAAACUUUUCUGUCAAAGCGUAUCCAUGCUAUUAAUAGCGUUUAAGUUUGGGAACAUACACGAAUUCGAUUUAGAAUUUUGGAUACUGAUAAUUUUACAGUCAUAUAUGUACAAAUACAAAUAAUUGUUCUCGCACCAAAAGGACAUUAUUUUACGUUAUAGAAACAAAAUAUGCUUGAACCAAAUCUGCUUGUAAAUUUAUAAAAAAUAAAGUAAAAACAACACAAAUCUACAAAAUCUCUAUAGAAAAGAAAUUCUUGUCCCUAUCCACUACUUUUGUAACAGGAUGCCAAAUAAAAUCAUACAAUUAUAAAAACGUGGAACAUUACAUUUAAAUGUCUUCUAUAUCACAACAUUUUUUUUUAAAUGCGAAAGUAUAUACAUGUACAUUAAUAUUUGUACAUUAUGAUCUUUUUCCAUUCAUUUGAGGCAAAUGAUUUACUUACGAAUGUCGUAUAUGUAUUGACAAGCAGAUACUUGUCAAUGAAGGAAAUCGUUGAUCCAUUCAUGUGUAUAAUUGUAUUUGUAAACAACUGUCUUCAAUCUAUUUUCUUUUUAAAAUAAUGUUUAUCAAUUUUUGUGUUUUCACUCGCUGUACAACUUCUUACUCAGAUUUUUGCUUGCUUGUGAAAUUGUUUACUAUUCUACGUACGUAUAUGGGACUUCUAAUACAAUAAUAUAACAUUAAUAAUAAACGUAGCAUUGACGAUAUCCAAUUUACUAACUAUCGAUACUAGUUACUUUAGGGUUUCAAUAAUUUUUUAAUUCAAUUCACUGAUCAAAGGGAAGCAACCAGAACAGUUAAACAUCAUGCAUGAAUUACUAACGUUAGAGUUAUCUUAUCAUGACUUGUGAUUAAAGUGCACGAAAAUCUCAGACUUAAUAGGUUUACGCAUUUAUUAUUUGUGAACGAUAUCAUAUACGCUCUCAAGUAAACUAUUAGUUUUAUUUGGUAAAAAUUCAAUUACAUAUUAUUGUGACGUGUAUGUUCUAUCUAGUAUUUUUCGCUGUUGUUAUAAAUAAUGAGUUUAUUGUAUCUAUUUUUACAUAACGACUCGACGUACCUUGUCUGAGUGUAUAUGUGUUUUUCGACCGCUUUCUAAAGAUAUAUAUUCUUGUUUAUUUGUAUAUUUUGUUUUAUUUGUUUUUCAGAAAGUCUAUUCCAUAACAUCUUAAUAUGGUCUUACCUGUUUAAAAUGUAUCAUCAAUUUUCUGCGUAUUAUAAUUUAAUACACGCAGAGAACGAACCCCCAACAAUAUGUUCACUUUUUGAAGGAAAAUAAUUCACGAAAUUACCUCGAAAAUUAACAAAUAACGUCUUUCAAGUAACAUGAAUUCUAGCAGUAAUAAGGACUGGAAAACUAAACCAUGAACUUAUGUUUUGUGAAUAAACUGGUAACUUACAAUAACGCGUCUAACGGCUGCCGAAGAGAUUCUAAAACAUUAAUUAUAUUUGCCUGGCAAACUACUGGUACCAUCCAUAUACGUUAACAUCUUCACAUGAAUACAUGUUUGAUAGUUGUUAAUACUCCCUAUUGGCUUAAUAAGCAUGGCAAUUUAAGUAAUAAGAAAUGAAACCAGAAGUGAUGACAUAUUACAAACCAUCUUUUAUCAAUCGGAAAAUCAGAAUUAUGUAUCAAGGAAGCUUGGUAUUUUGCGAGCAAGUAAAUGCCCGGAUGUGAAUGUAAUUUUGAAAGACCUUUAUUUAUGCGCCUUUUUUAAUUGACAUUAUCAAUGAACAAUUACGAGACUGAACGACGUUUUCAUUCGGAAGCUAAGGUCAAAGUAAUAUCUUUGUUUGUUCUUGUUUUGUUUGUAACUAUUUGUUAUAUUGUUACAAUCGCUUCAUUUUCAAUUAAACAGAAA